CUGACGGUUUCGCGAUAUCAACCACAACGAGCCCGGCGCCGGCAGUCGGCAACGCAACGGCGAUAUCGUACCGGUCCUGCCACGAGUGCCACGAGGAAGUCGACGACAGCAGCGAAGACGGCAGCGGAUACGAAGGGGACGACGAAUCGUGUGCCAGUUCCUGCAGCCUGCAGCAGUAUCAAAAAGUGUAUCAGGAGAUCGAAACCCAUUUAGAUCGUGAAAGGUGCGGCCUACCAUGGACCACCGACACAUCCGAGCACUUUAUCGUCUACACCGUUCCUCAAUUUGACUACAAGUUCGUCGAGGAUUUGAAAAUUAAAAAAUGGAAAGAUGAGCGAAUGGUCUUGGAGCCCAAGUUCGUCGACUAUGGCAGCAUACACCCGACAUCCGACGGACACAACACGCACCCGGCCCAUCACGGCGCAAGCCUAGUUGGGCGAUCGGCACUGUUGCCGCCUUUGGACGACGCGGACGCCACCCCCAACACGUCGAACGGCGCCAAAAUGACACAAGGAGAUUUGUAUCAAAGACAGCCCUUACUGCCCAACCCGUCCAAGACCAGCGACCAUUGGACGAACUCUCAUGGGACCAAUAGUUCGGAGUACUACGUGGACGAGGACGAUGAAAUCAUGGAGAAGCCUUCCAGAAGUAAUGGAGAGGUGGUGCUGGACAUACCCGUUUCCAGAGAGGAACCUAGGUUUCCAAAGGAAACUUGUAAAACGAUAUUGGCUUUCAUAAUAAUGUGCUUUAACUUCAUCCUCACGCUGACGUCUCUGAGUUUGGUACACGAACGGGUUCCAGACAGGGACGUGUACGGGCCCCUUCCCGAUGUGUUCCUCGAUAAUGUACCUGCGUACGACUGGGCGCUCUACGUUUCAGAGUACAUAAUCAUAUUUUGUGUAAAUUCUUGUAUUAUAGCCAUGGUAUUUCAUAAGUACAGAUUUAUUAUUUUCCGGAGGAUAUUCCUUAUAAUGUCCCUCCUCUACAUGUACAGAGCCAUUACAAUGUACGUCACCGUCUUGCCUUUGUCCAGCCGGACAUACCGUUGCUCGCCCAAAUCCAACGAGACCUCAGCCAUUCUCAUUGCCAAGCGAGUGCUGCACCUGAUGAGCGGCUUUGGUCUUUCCGUCAACGGGAAACACACUUUCUGCGGAGAUUUCAUCUACAGCGGCCAUACCGUCAUUCUGGUAUUCAGUUAUUUGAUUAUAGCUGAAUAUACUCCGAAGAAGUUCAUUCUAUUAAGAAUCAUCCACUGGUUGUACUGGAUCUUAGGUGUUAUUGGUGUUACAAUGUUACAACUAUCCCAUGGGCAUUAUACUGUCGAUGUUUUAAUAGCUUAUUAUGUAACUACUCGAAUAUUUUGGAUCUAUCACACAUUAGCCAAUAACAGUAAUCUAAAACAAUUUUCCUCGAAUAAUCUCCUGAGUCGGUCGUGGUGGUUUCCAAUAUUUAUGUACUUCGAAAGCAACGUGGGAGGGCCCAUUCCGAGACAGUUCGAUUGGCCCCUGCCCUGGCCGAGAAGAUGGAACUCGAAAAGCCGCGACAGUUAGUGCAAAUUUAGCUGAAAUAAAAGAAUAGUACCUAAAAACUAUUUAUAAAAAAAUGAUAUAAAUGUGAUAAUAAAGAUAAGUGUUAGCGCCUUAAAAGUUAAUUUGAGUGUGCUGUGUAAACAGGGUUAUUUGUUUACGUUUGAAGAUAUUUACAUAAUGCUAAAAUCAUCUUGAUAUUCUGUCUAGAGAAUAGUAACUGUUUUCUUAGUUUUAAUCUCUGUGAUGUAAAGCUAAGUAAUAAUUGUGAAAUUGGAUAUAGCACAUAUUUACAAAAAUUUAGAUAAUUGUUGGAAAUAAUAAGAACUCAAUCCAUUUUUUUUUUCUUAAUACAAAUUAACUACAGUAUACACAUACAUAGUGUGAACCAAAAAUAAGGUUGUUUAUAUGACGUAUUUAUAAUUCAACUUAAAAGACUGAGUUUGUUUAUUUAGCACUGGAAAAUUUAAAUGCAAAUAGAUAUUACGAAAAAAAUAGCUUUAAUUAAUGUGAAUUUUGUUUCAGUGGCCAAUAUACCCAGAACUUGUAAGUUGUAACAGAAUACUGAUAUGAGUAUUAUCAAAGUCUAAUUAACUAUACCAUAUUUAAAGAUAAAAUAGUUGUUUAAUGUAUUUGAAGUAAAUGAGCAUAAAUAGGUACUUAAUUUAAAAAUAGGGUCAAAUUCUUAAUUUAAAUAUUGUUUUGGUAUCAGAACAUAAUUAUUUUUUCUCUGAGGUCUUAACUAUUCGCACAAUUCAUUUUUCAGUUUUUAUUUUAAUACUAAGUCAGGUAAAAAUAAGGAAACUAUAAUCUGUUCAUGUGUUUACUGAAUUGCUACACUUAAUAAUAAUUCUUUGUUCAAAAUAUGCCAUCGAAAAACGCAGUCUCAAUAGCAUUUGAAAUAAUAAAAGAUAAAUUCUAUUUGGGCCGUUGUAACAGAAGUUACACAAAAAAGUAAUACGUCUUAAGUAUUUUUAUUUUAUUUAAAAUAUACCUUUAAGGAAACAAUUUACAAAAAUACGCUUUGAAAUCCUCAAUUAUGCUGUGUUCACACUAUGCAGUGUCUACUGAAUGCCUAAACAUUUUAGAUUGAGAUGCGACACAUGAAAGAUGAUUCUCAAACAUAACCAGAUAAUUCUAAAAACUUUUCAAUAUGGGCUGCUUCGACUCUCGCCUGGCCACUAUACGUAGUUAAAUAUAAUAUAUAUACAAAACAUGAAUUAAUUUUUUGCCUGGUAUUUUAGUUCAAUUGAUAUUUCCGGAAAUCUUUUCUUAAAGACUUUUUAUAUGAAUAUUUUAAGUAGAUUUUUUAAGACGACUUAGAUAAUAUAUGUAUAUUUGCUGAGAUAUAAUUAUUGAUAUUUUUUAAGUUUUCUAAUUAUUUAUCUAAUUGUAAUAAAGUGGGAAAUCACAGGUAAUUAUACCAGACCACAGGGUGGUAGACUUCACGUAGAUAUAUGUCACUAAUUUUGAUAUGUGAAUGUUCAAUGGUGCCAAUAUGGUCAAAACAUUUUUACGAUUUUUGAUAAACUGCGUUGCUGCUGAGUAUUGUUGACAAGGAAUGUUCCACCAUCUUAAAAGACUAAUUGACGUGUCUGAUUAUAUUUCCGAAAAAAAUAUUUUAAAUUGCUGAAAACAAAAUAAGAAUUACACAAAGUAGGAACUGUAGUUUACUGAUUUCUGUAUUAAAUAUUAAUUUUUGACAAAUUUUAUGUCAAUUUUUAAUAAGCGACAUCAUUUCAAAUACUAUUAUUACGUUUUUAAUUGUAAUCAACUCAAGAAUAUGUAGGAAUAACCUACUAGCAUUGAAUAAGGCAAUGUGCAGUGCAAUUUAUUUAACUAAUAAUUUGUACAACUUAAACACAAUAAUCAGCAGGAACAAAUUGACCUGACAUCUACCACAUAAUGCACAUAGUAGACUAAUGAGGCAAACUGGAAUUGUAAAACUAUUGAACUUCUAAAUUUUUACCACGCAUUUAGUUCAUUAAACCUUUAUAUUAUAUAUUUUUUUUGUAAAAAUUGUAAAUUAGUGAUUUUCCUCGAAUUUGCUUAUUUAAAAAAAACAGGUCUGUCUUAGUUUUGGCUUAUUUUCUACUUAUAUAAGGACUGAAAAGUUAUGUUCAUAAGCCACAAAAUGUGAAUCUCAUUUCAUAGAUAUUUGAUGUCAUCCAUUAAGUAUACAUCAUAAGGGAUUUUUUGGAUUAUUUGGUAUAUUUGACUACUUGAUUUAUGUUUUAUAUAAAAAACAUUAUUAAUUGUAAAAUAUAAAAAUAUAUUAGUUAAAAAAAUAAUGUAAAGUAGUUAUAAUUCUUACUAAUACUUCAAAGUUCACUACUUUUUAAGUUAAAUAAUUAUAUGUAGUAAAUAAUAAUUAAAACAUAUUAAGUAAGAAUGAUAAUGGAUUGUACUAGAAAGUUUAAAAUUAAUAAUAUAAGUUAUUAUUUAAGACAAUCAUGUGUGAUAGAAGACAAUGCAAAUAUAAAUUAAUAAUUUUCAAAAUGAAAUCAAAUAUUUAAGAAAAUCUUUCCCUUAGAUGUACACUUGGAUUAUGACACAUAGUUUUAUUUAAUUUGUUGUUAAGACAAUAUGUGAAACUUUUUUCGUUGGAUGAAAUGAAUAAAUAAAUUAUUUUUAUAGCCUAUACAUUCUAUAAUGGUUUUUAUUUUAGAAAUUUCUAUAUUUAUAAAUAUGUAGUAGAAAUAAAGAUUGCAUUCCACAAUUACUUUCUUUAAAGAUUUUUUUGGUUGUGGCUAUAAUAAUGAAAUAAUUCUUUAAGAAUUAAGAAAAAAAAUUAUUGAAUUUUAUCAGAAUUUUUACUAAUUAAUCAACACAUCUAUUUUGGGAAUUAUUUCAAUACUGGCCACGAACAAUUGAUCAGAAUUUUAGUACCUAUAUUAUUGUUAAAUUAAAUGGUUUAAUAUAUUUGUACUGAAGAAUGUGUAUAUUACUUUUAAGUUACUCUCGAACUAACAUAUAGAAAAUAUAUAAUUAAUUUAUUCACAUGAAAUGCAAUAUAUUCUAUAUGUUGAUGUAAAUCAAAAUUUUUUGUACGCUUUUCAAGAGUAUUUAUGUCAAAGUGACUUAUUUGUAAGGUAAGAUUUUCAGUUAUGUAGUUACCAAUGCUGAUUAUGUUAACUUUAUAUAUGCGAUUGAUACAACAACUAUACUGCAGUGUACAUUUAAAAUUGUUAAACGUUUCUUUUGGUAAAAAAACAAAUUUAAACCAGUAUACACUGUUAUAUUUUCUAAUAUUUCUAAAUCGGUUGUCAAAAAAAUGUGAUGGUUUGUAUUAUCAAUACAUGAUAGAUAGAAAUUUAUCGAUGUUAAUAAUUUCGAAUGAUUGUUAAAAUACAGAAUUAUUUUCCUUAAA